AACCAGUGAAGGAUCUCUGAAAUUACAUUAUUUAUUGUCGUCAAGUUGUGAAUUCAAAACUAUGCUAGCUAGUCAUAAUUCCAUCUCAUUUUCCUUGUCCAGAGUCGGCUUUGCCUUUCUUUCUUCUAGCACUGUAUACGUGUUGUAACAUACAAUGGGUUGGGCUUGCUGUACUGUUCUUCUGUAUCUUGUUCUUUUUUCCGUCAUAGUUCUGGCCAACGGUUAUCUGACUGUAAACUCUUCUACUACUUCAUGGACCAACAGAGAGCCUGUUGGCGAUUUACUGAAAGCUGAUGCAACAAUUAUACUUGCCAGUAGAUCCUUCGGUGAUCCAGACUAUGGACAUGCUUGUUUUUGUGGCUUCUUCUGUAAUCAAACGUGCAACAGUUCUCGCUUUGCCACUUUCCUUCUCAAUGAUGAUCCACAAGUACUAUGGUCUGCCAACUCAAAGAAUCCUGUUAGCAUUAGUGCGACUUUAAAGCUCAAUUCAGAAAGAGGUUUGGUGUUACAAGAUGCUGAUGGAACGGUUGCUUGGUCCACAAAUAUCAGCAACAAAUCUGUGGCUGCCAUAAACUUAACCGACAAUUGCAACCUCAUGCUAUUGGAUGAAAAUAAUGCUACAAUUUGGCAGUCUUUUGAUCACCCAUCUUGGCCAACUGACACGUUGUUUUCUGGGCAAAAGUUGGUGCCAGGACAGCAACUCACAAGUGAAGGAGGACUGUUUUCGCUCUCUAUUACCACUAGAGGGUUGUUUGCUUAUAUCAAUUCUAAUCCUCCCCUAUGCUAUUGGUCUUAUCUACCAUCUCUUGCUAACAUUAUCAGUUAUGUUCAAUUUGAUAGUUCUGGCUUAAUAUACUUUACUGGGACAAAUUCCUCAUUUGUUAUUUUAUCCAAUCCUACAACAUCAUCAUUUAUGCAGUACAUGAGAUUGGAGCCUGAUGGACACACGAGAGUUUAUCAUCAGGAUUGGCAAGAAGUAGAUGAUCUUUUCCAAAUUACUGAUUUAUGUGCUUACCCUACGGUUUGCGGCAGUUAUGGUAUUUGUAUAAAUGGCGGAUGUAGUUGUCCUGGACCCAUAAAUGGGACAAGCUACUUUCAACCAAUCAAAGACAGGCGGCUUGACCUUGGAUGCUCCCUUGUUAUUCCCUUGUCUUGUGAUGCUUCCAAAAAUCAAAUUCUUUUAGAGAUCCAGAACAUCACAUACUUUCCCCUUUUAGAUACAUCCAUCCCAGAAAUAAAUCCUUACUACCAAAAUAUAAGUUUAAGGACUUGUACAGAGGCAUGCUUAGAAAAUUGUUCGUGCAAAGCUGCUAUAUAUUAUUCCAGUGGGCGUUGCUAUUUACAAUCUGAAAUUUUUUCACUUAAUGCCAUUACCAUAGAAAAUACCAACCAUAAAGUAUACAUUAAGGUGCAGAAUGUCCCAAGUGCAGUUCCUCCUCAACAGCUGACAAACCAUGGAAAGAAUAAACAUCCUCUUGGAAUAAUAAUGGGAUCCAGCCUUGGAUCUUUGCUUGUUUUGUUUCUAAUUGGACUCUUUGUUUUUCGAAUUUGGAACAAGGAAGAUGCUGAUGAAGAUGAGGAGUAUCAUUUGGAUCAUGUACCAGGAAUGCCCACAAGAUAUUCUUAUGAUGAGUUGCAAACCAUAACAGAAAAUUUCAAUAAGAAGCUCGGUGAGGGAGGAUUUGGCACAGUUUUUGAAGGGACUCUAAUUAACGGCACUAAGGUUGCAGUGAAGCGUCUUGAUGGUUUUAGUCAGAUCAAAAAAUCAUUUUUAGCUGAGGUUGAGACAAUUGGUAGCACUCAUCAUUUCAAUUUGGUAAGACUGAUUGGAUUUUGUGCUGAGAAAUUUCAUAGGCUUCUUGUUUAUGAAUACAUGCCUAAUGGGUCUUUAGAUAGAUGGAUAUUUCACAAAAAUUCAGAGAUGCUACUUGAUUGGAAACAUAGAAAGAAGAUCAUCAUUGAAAUAGCACGGGGGCUAACUUAUUUACAUGAAGAAUGUAGGCAAAAGAUAGUUCACUUAGAUAUAAAGCCCCAUAACAUCCUCUUAGAUGAGAAUUUUAAUGCAAAAGUCUCUGAUUUUGGAUUGUCUAAACUAGUUGAUCGUGAGCAAAGCCAAGUUGUAACGACUAUGAGAGGGACUCCUGGCUAUAUGGCUCCAGAAUGGUUGAGUUCAGUAAUUACAGAAAAAGUUGAUGUAUAUAGCUUUGGAAUAGUACUUAUGGAGAUAUUGUGUGGAAGGAGAAACCUUGAUCAUUCUCAACCAGAGGAAGCAAUGCAUCUACUUGAUCUAUUCAAGAAAAAUAUUGAGGAGGACCAAUUAUUGGAUUUGGUUGAUAAGAACAGUGAAGAUAUGCAAUUGCAUGGAGAAGAAGUUGUUAAUAUGAUGAGGGUUGCAGCAUGGUGUUUGCAAAAUGAUUUCACAAAGAGGCCUUCUAUGUCCAUGGUGGUUAAGGUCUUUGAGGGUGUUGUGAAUGUUGAAUCAAACCUAGAUCAUUUCUUCUCAAAUCCACCUUUACUAAAUGCAAGAGCUGGAGUUGAUAACCAAGAAGUGCAUGCUUUUGCUGCUACUCCAUUAUUGCCUUCAGUUCUAUCAGGACCACGAUGAUAAUUCACUAUACAAUCUUUUGUUGCUUGAGAAAUGAGAUUGCAGGUAUGAAGGAGUAAACUUAGCACCUUCCAAGAAAAUAGCCACAGGAGCCAACAGGAUAAAAGAAAUAAUGGUUAAUAC